CAGGAACUGUGGCUGAUAAGAGGAAGCAGUGUGUUUUGCUGCCAAGUCUGCUUUUCCCUGUGACUAAAGACAAUUCUUUGCAGACAGAUCUGUCCCUGGUCUGUCCUUACUUAAGUACCUCUCACUUUCAAACCAUUACACUUCCUCCCAGAUCUGACAUUGCGCUGACUUUGCUCUCUUACAGUUGUCAACAAACAAAUGGAGAGUUAAAAGCAAUACCUCAGAAAUGUAAGACCCUGAGCCUACAAGAGGCGCACUGCAGCAGACCUUUGUUCCGACCACUAAUGAUACUGAAAAAUACCUACGAGAUAGAUGCAGAGAGAACAUGCAGGCGGGCUAAUCUCAAAGGUUCUGUGUAGUUCUGUAGGCUGUAGUAGAGUGUAUGUAAUGAGAUUAUGUUGGCUUAGUAAGACAAUAAACAAAACAGUGUGAAAAUCUAUAUAUAUAACAUCCAAGUUAAGAACCAGGCUCACAUAUGCAGCAGAUAUUCAGAAUAACAUCUUCAUGGCCUCUGCACAGAUGUAGACAUGGAGAGUAAAAAGUGGAAAACAAAAUUAUGGAAGACAUCUAUUUUGUAUAAGGCUAAGAGAGAGAUGUAAUUUCAACCAAUGGAGAAAAAUGUCAUAGCACUGAUAUACGUUAAAGAAAAAUGUCCUCUGUUUGCCAGGUUUGACAGGAGAGGAUAUUUGAAAUACUUAAAAUAAGACAUUAAAUGAUCCACAAAGCAUAAAAUACUUCUUUUGUACUUCUUAAGAUAGGUAAUAAUAUGCAGGUCACACCUGAGGAUGCUUACCCUGCUCAAACAGGGUUAGUAGGCGUAGUCACCUCAUGCCUUUCAUCCCCAUCAUUAUCAUGUUGUUCCCCUGCUGCACUGCAGGGGGCGAUGUGUGCAGAGUCACUGCCACAGGCAUCAGGUGAUCCCAUAGACUGUAUAUAAAAAGGGUGAUCUACAAAGUGUCAGAUGGCAAAAAAAAACUAUAGCCUAUGAUAUGUGUCAGUUUUCUGUCAUUUUUGGUCUUUAAGAUGACAACUUUCUACUGAAAUAAAAUUAAUAAAAGUCAGGGUUUUUUUAAAAAUUGUUUUUCAACAAAUAGGAGUCAUCAUUAGUAUGCUUAAAUCUCUUCAGAUGGUGGGACUGCUGCUGUGUUUUGAUUUGAGACCAAGUUACAUGAACAACAAACCACACAAACCUUAUUGGUGUUUAUUAACAGAAGUGAGAUCAACAAUACAUAGUUUCUCUGCACCACAAUCCAAGUAAAAUCAUGUAUGAAGCUUUAGCUGGUACCAGGUAAUUAGGGCAUUGAUACACAAUGCUUAUAGGUGAAGGUAUAAGCAUUAUAUAAUUGGCUUGCUAUGAUGUGUGAAUGUCUAUUCUAAAGUAUUUAUGACAGCUAAUCAGGCUUAGCGGAGCUGGGUCAGCACACAGUUGUGUUGGUGUGUGUAUCUGUAAGCAGCACAGAGGAGCACAUGUGUGUUCUGCUGCUUUCAGCACCCUAUUAUUGCUGUUGCACAUUCAUGGGAUUUAUAACUUUGCUGUCCAGAAUAAUCAGAAAGGUAAGUUUUUAAUUUGGUUGAUUGUAAUUUCAUUUUGUUUAUUUGGGACACAAGUACCACAACCGUCAGCUUAACAAGUUGUAUCUCUGUUAAAGGUCCUGGAUAGGUAGCCCAGCUGGGGCAUAAUCCUUCAUAUCUACAGUGUGAUAGUUCAGGCUGAUCUUGGGGUUGUCCACUUGUGCCGGAUAAUGCCGACCUUGACCCCGCACAUACCAGUACCACGGCCCUCCUACUCCCAGGCCAGGGAGAACCUGGUGAAGGCUAUCCCACCCAGACUCCUCUGUCUGCUUGCCUGUGGUGGAAAAGACUGUCGCUACGAAGGACCAGACUGCUGGAAACUAAACCAGCAGGCCAUUCGAGGACUUUUCUCCUCCUGGGUGACAGAUGACAUAAUUGCCAUGGCACGACCAUCCACUUAUUUGAUUGAGAAGUACAACAUCAUAGAACAGUUCCAAAGGUUGAACAUCAGAUCAAUCAUCAACAUGCAGCUGCCAGGGGAGCACGCUCACUGUGGACCUCUCCUAGACCCUGGAAGUGGUUUUACAUACUCUCCACAGAUCUUCAUGGACAAUGACAUUUACUUUUACAACUUUGGGAUGCCAGAUUUCGGUGUGUCCUCUCUCGUUGGCAUAAUUGAUGGAGUGAAGGUUUUGGCCUUUGCUGUGAGAGAAGGAAGAGUGGCCGUGCACUGCCAUGCAGGCUUGGGCAGGACAGGUGUCCUGAUUGCCUGUUACUUGAUCUACACCCUGCGCAUUAGCCCAAGUGAGGCCGUCCACUACGUGAGGAUUAAACGGCCUCGCUCUAUCCAAACCCGAGCACAGAUCAGCCAGGUGUUUGACUUUGCUCGCUUGCUUGGUACACAGCUGGCCCAAUACCCAGACCUCAGCCUGCGGCAUGGAGCCCCUUUCACCCUGCAGCACUAUCUAAACCGACAGGCGCUACUGCUGCACGGCCAGGAGGCACGCACCCUCAGACAAACACCAAAGGUGGUGUAUCUCCUAUGUGUGCGCCUCUCCAGCUUAGCCCUGGGUCUCCCUGCUUCUCCAGAGGUCCACACUGAGUUGGAAAAGAGGUCAGCACUGAGGACCCUGAGCAGGACUGUGAGGGAGACCCUGGUGGCCAAACAGUACUUGCCAUUGCUGAGGGAAGGUCAUAAGGGCUCAUGGGCUGGCUCGGGGUCCGUGUCCUCCUGGGAUGAGCCGCUGGGAUUCUUGGAGAGGAAGAGAGAGGUUCUGCUGAACAAACGCAGCUAUAGCGACUCUGACCUCAGCAAGAUUACAGUAAAUGAGGAUCUGGAGCUGAGUCCAUACUUGACCCCAGCACUUGGAAAUGAGAAACACUGGUGUGUACAAGAUCUUAUACACACUGAUCUGAGACCAAUUAGUCCCGUCCUUGCCAGUAUUUCACAUGGUCACCAGACCUUAAAAAAGGAGUCUCAUAAACUCAACAUCCCAAUAUCCAGCAUGAAAACAAGCAAAAGCUGCUCUAAGCAGUUGAACUGCACAGCUAAAAAGGCUCUUCCCAAAUACAGCUCCAACAUUGAGUUGUGCAGAAAUCCACAUAAUCCAGGCCCAACCUCAGUGGCCCGUGCUGUUGCUAAGGCAAUGGCUGACCAAUGUCCUCCAGGAGAAACCAUACUGCAAAGGUCGGCUCUGCUGCAGGAGGAGCUGAACAGUAGUGAAUGUGGAUGGGCUCUGCUGGUCACCGAGUCAGAUCCUCAUGUUCUCAGUUGUCUGUUGUGGACCUGGCUGGAAAAGUUAAGGGACCCUGUUUUGAGUGCAGAGGAUGUGGACAGGUUGUGUAUUGGAGCAAAAAACAGGAAGCCUCUCAGUGUGCUCAAGAAGCCACAGAAACACACCAUCUAUUGUCUGCUGAGCUGUGUGAGUACGGUGACCAGCCUGUGUCCACACAGAGAGGAUGCAGUGCUGCAACGGCUGAUUCGGGCACUUACAAAGCGCCCCCAAGAGGAAAUAGGAAGCCAUGCAACUUUGAUGAAGGUCCUGAAGGCCAGUUUGAGAGAAACCUUCCCUAACUGCAGAUACCUGAUGAGGGCCUGCAGCACCAAUGCUACACUUUGAAGAACAUAAUCCACAUCAAAACAACAACAGAGCCGUUUUCUGUGUAAAAAACUGUCAGUAUUUCAUCCUGGGCACCUGAUUGUGGACAAAAUCAACAGGUGUCAUUUUCGUGGUAGACAUUUUCUUACAAUAGGAAAAGCACAGGUGCAAACAUAAGUCCUAUUUAGCUGACUGAUUGUUACACUGUCACGGCCUGAACAGAACAGAGUCUCAGUGUUAUUAGUAACACCUGUGCUUUUUGCACCCCAAGCCCAUCUUACAGUAACAACUCAAUUAUAUCUUCAUCUUUACAAAAUAUAAAGCGCACAAUGGGUAUGGAUUCAAAACUAGUUGUCUCUAUAUUUUAGACAUAUCAAAUAAACUGCCAACUAAAAUGUACAUUUUAACUAUGAUAAUUGUGAUGUAAAGAGAGCUCUCUAACACUGCAAUGUUAUGUCUAUGUUUGAACAGUACAAAUGCCAGUGUUUGUCUAGUGUGGUUACAGUGGCUCAAGACCCUCAGAUCUAAGUCCCCUUAUAUUUGAACAUAAAUGUGUCCUUGAAAACACAGUCAAACAAACAGCCAGAAAAAAACAUGAAAAGUUAGGUGGAUGCAAACAGUGGGAUUCUAGGCCUAAUUCACCUAUGCCAUUGGCAACUCCUGCAUACUGUCAUGGAACAGUUGUUAAACUUGAAACAAAGCCCCCAUAUUAGAUUAAAUAAUGAUGCUGAGACAAUAUUUAUUGUAAUACAUUUUGUUUCAUGCCUACUUUCAGUAGUGUGUAGCUACUGUACCUUAGUACAAGCAGAUUAAAUCUAACCAGUGUGUCACAGUGUGACCCUGUGGCCUGUUACAGCUUUUUAUACCUAAUAAAUCAUUUACACCA